AGGCGUCCAAGCCUUGGUGGUCAGCGCAGACUUAAAGUGAACGGGCGCGCACUUCCAACGGCCAUUCAGUCGGAAGAGGGGACACAGUGAAGGUGUGCUGCUGUGCCGUUUAGUCAUCCCUCCCUCUGACCGGUUAAUAGAUAGAUAGAUACCCCCGUCGCUGUUGUUUUACCCCCCCCCGUUAAACGGUUAGAUCGAUCAUGUACCGGUACUUCGGGGAGCUGUUAUCCCGCGGGGCGGGCAGUGCCCUGGCCUCGGGCUGCGUGGAAUCUGCUCUCCCAGCAUCGGCCGCUCUGAUGCGGGUCCGACAGUAUAGUGAACAGCCCGAUGACCCCAACUUCUUUCGCAUGGUGGAGGGUUUCUUCGACCGCGGAGCCGCCAUCGUUCAGGACAAGCUUGUGGAGGACCUGAAGAGCAGGGAGACCCCCGAGCAGAAGAUGAAACGAGUGAAGGGGAUUCUCCGCAUCAUCAAGCCCUGCAACCACGUCCUCAGCGUCUCUUUCCCCAUCAAGAGGGACAACGGAGAGUGGGAGGUAGUGGAGGGCUACCGCGCCCAGCACAGCCAGCACAGGACGCCCUGCAAGGGGGGGAUCCGUUACAGUGAAGAGGUGUCUGUUGAUGAGGUGAAGGCUCUGGCCUCUCUGAUGACAUACAAGUGUGCCGUGGUCGAUGUACCAUUCGGGGGGGCUAAAGCUGGUGUCAAGAUCAACGUCAAAAAUUACUCUGACAAUGAGUUGGAGAAGAUCACUAGAAGGUUCACCAUUGAGCUGGCCAAGAAAGGUUUUAUUGGGCCUGGUAUUGAUGUUCCUGCUCCUGACAUGAGCACUGGAGAGAGAGAGAUGUCCUGGAUCGCUGACACAUAUGCCAACACCAUCGCACACACUGACAUCAACGCCCACGCGUGUGUGACAGGCAAGCCCAUCAGUCAGGGCGGGAUCCACGGGCGUAUCUCGGCCACCGGUCGCGGAGUGUUCCACGGAAUUGAGAACUUCAUCAACGAGGCGUCCUACAUGAGCAUGCUGGGCCUGACCCCCGGCUUCCAGGACAAGACCUUCAUCAUCCAGGGCUUUGGUAAUGUGGGUCUCCACUCCAUGCGGUACCUCCACAGGUACGGUGCUAAGUGUGUGGGCAUCGCUGAGUAUGACGGCAGCAUCUACAACCCAGAGGGCAUUGACCCCAAGCAGCUGGAGGACUACAAACUGCAACACGGUUCGAUCGUAGGUUUCCCCGGGGCUAAACCAUACGAGGGCAGCCUUCUGGAAGCUCAGUGUCACAUCCUGAUCCCUGCCGCCAGCGAGAAGCAGCUCACACGAAACAACGCCCACAGGAUCAAGGCCAAGAUCAUUGCUGAGGGAGCCAACGGCCCCACCACCCCUGAUGCUGACAAGAUCUUCCUGGAGAACAAUGUCAUGGUCAUCCCUGACAUGUACCUGAACGCAGGUGGUGUGACAGUGUCCUACUUUGAGUGGCUGAAGAACCUGAACCACGUCAGCUAUGGACGACUCACCUUCAAAUACGAGAGAGACUCCAACUACCACCUCCUCAUGUCUGUUCAGGAGAGUUUGGAGAGGAAGUUUGGAAAGCAGGGAGGACCAAUCCCUGUUGUCCCCACCGCUGACUUCCAGGCCAGAGUCGCUGGAGCUUCUGAGAAGGACAUUGUCCACUCUGGGCUGGCCUACACCAUGGAGAGGUCUGCCAGGCAAAUCAUGCGUACGGCCAGUAAGUACAACCUGGGUCUGGACCUGCGGACGGCUGCGUAUGUCAACGCCAUCGAGAAGGUGUUCAAGGUCUACAACGAGGCUGGCAUCACUGUCACAUGAUCACCUUGUAUAUAGACUACUCCCACACCACCCUGCUAUUGGUUCACCCUGCUUCCCCAUUUUUCCAAUCAGCCUUCAGUACAUACCAGUGUUUACAUUAGAGACCCCCGCCUCCCGUUUAUACACACACACUGACACGUUCUGUGUCCCAUGACCUCGCCACAUCUCCCUGUAUCACGUGGGUAACUCAGUAUUUCUGUGUCCCAUGACCUCGCCACAUCUCCCUGUAUCACGUGGGUAACUCGGUAUUCCUGUGUCGUCCUGUUUCACUAUUGUCGUUCAGUUUGUGAAAGAAGCAGAUUGUAGCAGGAAGCUUUAAGACCCCCUCCUAUAAGAGUUCCCUUUUGGCCAUUUUGUCUUGUUUGACCCUUGUGUUGCCAUGGUUUCAGACCACAACAAUGAAGUUGCCUUAGCUCUGACGGAGCUCUGUACUGAAAAGACACACAUACUGAAAUCCAUUUAAUGUUAACUCCGGACAUAUACUUUAUUUAAAGAAAGAUAGUUUUAAACUCUCACUUUAUGUCAGGGAAUGGUGAUAUAUGUGUUCCUCAGUUCUCCUCGCAGCGGGGUUAGAGGUCAGGGUUAGAGGUCAGGGCUCAGGGUUGUGCUGAGGAACACAGGGUUCUACUGGGUUUGGUUCUUAGUAAAGUUCUACACCCUUCUCCACUAUAUCAGUUCCCCCACAAGCCCCCCUACCUUCUUGUCCAAUCUGACCCUCCCCCAAACCCUCCGCUCCGCCAUGAGAGGGAGAGGAUCAUGGGAACAAGCGUUCUCCUUCUCCAAAAAGCCGUCCAAGCCCUUGCACGGAAAUUGCUUGGGGAAAUUUGUAUUGCCUUUUUUUUGUUGAAAACCAAUAAAAUUCUGAGAACUGA